UCUUCAAACCUCGGCCGUUGAUUCAUCAGCAGAAGCUACUGCGAUGGCUCUCAGUUCCCAAACCAUCGUUAAAUUCCCGCCACAUAUUGUUAAGCACCCUUCUUCUUCAUCUCCGGCCUUCGCCACUAGUCUAACACACGUUAAGCCUCAAUCCUUUCUACCGCUGCCCCGCCGGCUCUUCUUACCGUCGGCAUCAGCUAUCUGGGAUGCCUUAACAGGUCGUGAUCCAGCCCGCGAAGCCUCUCUCGCCGUCCGCCGGGGAAUGCAGCUCUUCCGCCAGGGAGACGUCUCCGGAUCUUUGGCGGAGUUUGAUAAAGCCAUUGAGUUGGAUCCACGCCAAAAGGCAUAUCUUUGGCAGAGGGGGCUGUCUUUGUACUAUCUUAAUAGGUUUGAAGAAGGGGCAGAGCAAUUUAGGUUAGAUGUUGCACAGAAUCCAAAUGAUACAGAGGAAUCCAUAUGGUGCUUUUUAUGUGAAGCUCAAUUAUAUGGAGUAGAAGAAGCAAGAAAGCGGUUCUUAGAGGUUGGUCGAGAUUCACGUCCUGUCAUGCGUGAAGCCUAUAAUUUGUUCAAAGAUGGGGGUGACCCAGAGCUGCUUGUUUCGAAGUUUCUGAGUGGCCGGGUGGAUGAGUAUUUCUAUGCUUCUUUGUAUGCUGGCCUUUAUCAUGAAUCACAGAAUGACAUGGAUGCUGCCAAACAUCAUCUAAUCGCUGCAUGUCAAUCUCCGUAUGGAUCGAGGUCUGAUGAUUAUAUGGCUUCUCUUGCAAAAGUUCACUGUCUGUGUCGAAACUGGGAUCUCAAAUAAACACCAUCUUCGACACCGUAUUCUCCGGCACUUGCACAUUACUGUUCUUCUUCUUCGUCUUUGUAUUUUUUUCUUUCUGAAGAAGUUGUAAUCAAAAGUGUCAUUCAGAAAUCAUUGACCUGUUCUAUAUCUAGUUAUAAUAUUUAUAUUAUAAA